AUGGCAGCUGGCAGCGCGCCGGGCUUCCUGAAGCCUUUCCCUCACUUCGCUACGCAUGCCAUCCAUACCGGGCAAAAGCCCGAGCAGUGGAGCUCUUGGGCUGUCGUGCCGCCUAUCACGCUCUCCACCAUAUUCAAGCAGCGAGUGCCCGGGGAUGAGGAGGAGUACAAAUACACCCGGUUCGGGAAUCCGAAUAGGCAUGUCCUGGAGAAGGUUGUGUCCGCCCUCGAUGGAGCCAAAUACAGCUUGGCUUAUUCCUCUGGCAUGGCAGCAAUUCUGAACAUCUGUCACCUGCUGAAGACAGGGGAAACAAUUAUCUGCAUGGAUGAGGUGUAUGAAGGCACAAGAGAAUUAUUCGACAAGGUGAAAGAGGAGUUCAAUUUGGAAGUGGUUUAUGUUGACUGCACAGACCCAAAAGAGCUGGAAAAAAACAUUAAAAAAUAUCCCUCGACCAAGCUGGUUUGGCUCGAGAGCCCCACAAAUCCUGUGCUGACUGUGAUCGACAUCCAAGCCUGCGCAGACAUCGCGCACAGGCACCCUGGGGUGCUGGUGGCCGUGGACAACAGCUUCAUGUCUCCAUAUUUCCAGCGUCCUUUGGCCCUGGGGGCUGAUAUUUGUAUGUCUUCUGCAACCAAAUACAUGAAUGGGCACAGUGAUGUUCUCUUGGGCCUGGUCUCUGUAAAUGAGAAAUGUCUCUAUGAGAGGCUGAAUUACCUGCAGAGGACCCUGGGAGCUGUCCCCUCUCCCUUUGACUGCUUCCUCUGCAACCGGGGCCUCAAGACUCUGCACAUCAGGAUGAAGCUGCACUUCCACAACGGCCUGGCCGUGGCCAAGUUCCUGGAAUCCCAUCCCAGUGUGGAGAAAGUCAUUUACCCAGGGCUGUCUUCCCACCCUCAGUAUGAGGUGAUGAAGAGGCAGUGCACAGGCGUUUCUGGGAUGGUCAGCUUCUACAUUAAUGGGAAUAAAGGAAAUGCCAUUGCCUUUCUUGAGAAAUUGGAGGUGUUCACCCUGGGCUUUAGUCUGGGCGGCUUCGAGAGCCUGGCAGAGCAUCCGUACACGAUGACCCACAACAAUAUGCCUGAUAAUGUAAAGGAACAUCUGGGAAUCAGUGACACCUUGAUCCGCCUCUCGGUGGGGCUGGAGGAUGAGGAGGAUCUGCUGGCAGACCUGGACCAGGCCCUGAAGGCUGCGUUUGCAUAAACCUUGAGGGUCAAAAAGGACCUUGGAACUGGACAUGGCUGUGGACGAGGACACGGAAAACCAAACCACUCUUGCUUUGCCUUUGCUUUGCCAGCAGAGCUCAGUGUUCCUCCUGCUCCUGCAGGGUUGGGGGCACAGGGGCUGCUUCCUCUUGCUGCUCUCGGGUCAUUCUCUGCUCACCCAUCAGCUCAGCUCAAAACCUGAUUGACCUCAGAUUUAUUUUAAUUAGGUUGGAGAUUUGCGUAAAAGCUUUUCUUUUUCUUGCUGCCUUUCCUUCUCUUGAUGCAACAUUGAAGCUGAAGUGAAAUCCAACACUUGGCAAAUAAUAAGUUUCUAAAGAGGAAUCUUUGUCAUUUGAAAAAAAUCAUGUGCUGUGGGAAUGAUUGGAAUUCUUUUAAUUAAAACCUGCUUUUCUUUUCCUUGCUUAUA